GGACGGGGCUGUUCGAAGCCUGCUCUGCUUGAAGAUGACCCUGCUCCUGGCACGAGGGUUGGACUAGAUGGGCCUUUGAAAGUGCUCCCCGCCCCAAGCCCUUCUCUGCCCCACGUCCUCAGCCUCCAGCCCGCGGCAGGCGCGGGGCCCGGCGGGCCGUGGGGCCCAGGCCUCGGGGCUGUGUCUGUCCCUGCCUGCCCGGGAGGGCCGCGACGUGGCUGCUCGGCCUUGCCCUGGCAGACUCCCAGGCCCUGCUGUGGCCUUCGGACGCCUCCGGAGACCAGCGGAUGCGCAAGGGGACCCCUGCAGCCUGCGCUGCCGGCCGGGCCGUUUCUCCCGGGGCCGCUCUGUCGGGGUUGGCGCUGAAGCUCCACAGGCCCCGGGUCCCACACACUCUGGCUUCUUACAUGGGGAACUUCAGAAGAAAUGAAAGUUAGAGAGGAAAAGGAGUCGAACUCCGUAUUUUCAUUUCAGGUCAAAUAACAGUAUCUUCAGGAUUCCUGAUGGAAGAACUAACAUUUAUUGAAGCUGAUCCCUUACAGCAGCUUGAUGCAAGCAGCUCUUCUCUAGUGUCACAGACCCUGUCCGGUGCGGAACAAUGAGCCACAGGAGGGGCUGAAAAUAUGAGCUGACCUUAGUCUGCAAAGUGGAGACAAUGAUAUCAAUGCUUCUACUUUGCAAAGGUGUUGGGAAGAAUAAUUCACUAGUAUUUGCAUAAUGUAUUCUAAUUGGGGGGUUGGACUAGAUGAUCUUUCGAGGUCCCUUCCAACCCCUAUGAUUCUAUGAUUCUAUGAUUCUAUGAUUCUAUGAUUCUAUGUUGUACACAACAGAAGUCCCAGAUGUUACUCAGAGAUUGGUGUGGCUCGUUUUCCAUCCAAACAAGCCACUUCUGUCCCGCGUUUUUCUCCAGGAAAAAUAAAAAAAGAAAAAGUAAGCCAAAUAAGCCAUUAUUUAGACCUGCAAAUAAUGAGUGUUUAUCUGGAUUUUGUGUCACAAAUUAUGUAAUGAAGCAGAGAAAAGGCUUUGAACAAAUAUGUUAAUGAGAUGGCAGCUACAAGGGAGGUUGCAGAGUUGCCAAUUCUGAAUCAAAUUUUUAAAUGUUAUUUUCUUCUAGUGUUUUUUUCUUCUGUAGUCACUAGCCUGUACAGCAUUUUAAUGUGCUUUAGGGCUUCAUGGAAACUAUAUGGGAAAUACCAAUUCCAGGUCAGGAAAGCCUGACCAGCAACACACACUGACUGAGAAAACCCCACUGACUCAAAAUUCAUAAUGAGGGCUUUUAUGUAGAAACUUGGGCACAGGGAUUGUAAAGAAAGAACUGUUCGUUCAGCAUCUCAAAAGCUUUUCUUGGAAAAAUAUCAGAUGCUCCACUGGGAACUUAGUUGAAAGAUACUCCUAAAGCAACACAGUGGACUGGCAGUGGAUGGAAAGUACUGAUUGGAGAGAAAACGGAAAGAAAGGAAACAGUUAUUUUCUCUGAAUACUGGUAAUAAAUCCAUUUGAAUUCUGUGUAAACCUUCCAGUGCCUAACAUUAUUGUACAAGACCUCUUCUAAGCAUCUUUUUAAGUCAAGCAUCACAUAGAGGGACCAUUUUUUCAUUGGAGAUGGUCCACAGGAAUGCAAGUUCUGGCUGAUUCCCCACUUUCUGCUAGGCUUUGUGCUGCUGUGAAGUUUCCUCUGUGUUGAAGAUGGCCCCGACGUGCCUGCGGCCGCUGCUGAGGUACCGGUCCUUCGGCAUCCUCUUCCUCACGCCGCUGCUGCUGCUGCCGCUGCCGGUCGCUGUGCCGACGCGGGAGGCCAAAUGUGCAUAUAUCAUCAUCAUCAUGGCUGUGUACUGGUGCACUGAAGUGAUCCCGCUGGCUGUUACCUCCCUCAUGCCCGUGGUAUUUUUCCCUCUGCUUGGAGUUCAGAGCUCUAAAUCAGUGUGUUUGCAGUACCUAAAUGACACAAACAUGCUCUUUGUUGGAGGGCUGAUUGUUGCAAUUUCUGUUGAACAGUGGAAUCUUCACAAAAGGAUUGCGCUGAGGGUCCUGCUGAUUGUUGGGGUGAAACCUGCACUCCUCAUGCUGGGAUUUAUGAUAGUCACUGCCUUCCUAUCCAUGUGGAUAAGUAACACGGCCACCACUGCUAUGAUGGUUCCCAUUGUCCAGGCUGUUCUGGAUCAAAUGGACAACACAGAGUAUGAUGUGACCAUGAUGGAACAAGCACCUGGGCAAACAAACACAGUGAUUGAGCUGGAGGAAAAGAAUACAUCAGAUCCCACUUCAGUGCAUGUCAUAAGUAAUGGACAAGUCCCUGAUGACCCCAGAGCUUCUGAGGAAAAGAACUUGAGGAAGCGUAUAUGUAAGGGAAUGACACUCUGUGUAUGCUAUGCUGCCAGCAUCGGAGGAACUGCAACACUCACUGGAACGGGACCAAACAUGGUACUGAAAGGCCAGAUGAAUCAGUUAUACCCCAACAAUAAUGAUAUUGUCAAUUUUGCUUCCUGGUUUGGGUUUGCAUUCCCAAAUAUGAUUUUGAUGUUGGUAUUAGCUUGGCUUUGGCUACAGUGCUCCUUCAUGGGACUCAACUUUAAGAAAAGCUGGGGCUGUGGGACAGAGAGGACUGCUAAAGAAAAAGCUGCAUACAACGUGCUGAAGGCAGAAAUGAAGAAAUUAGGCCCUAUCACUUACGCUGAAUUCAAUGUCCUCCUAAUGUUUGUUUUGCUGGUUCUUUUGUGGUUUUCCAGACAUCCAGGCUUUGUAAAAGGCUGGGCUGCCAGGCUCUUCCCUGAAGGAGAAAAGUAUAUCACUGAUUCUGCUCCUGCUGUGUUUAUUGCCUUGCUACUGUUUAUCCUUCCUGCUAAUAAACCCAAAUUCAUAGGCUGGAAUCCAAGCAUGUCUGACCCUGAACAGACUGAAGAAGAUAUAAAAAAGCCAUUUUUAUCAGCCCCACUGCUAGACUGGAAUGUGGUUCAGAGGAAGAUGCCCUGGAGCAUCGUGCUGCUGCUGGGAGGAGGUUUUGCUUUGGCUGAUGCAAGUGCAAACUCUGGGCUGUCAGCUUGGCUGGGUCAUCAAAUGACUCCCCUAGGAUCUAUCCCACCCUGGGCCAUUGCAACAGUACUUUCACUUAUUAUAGCUGUCUUUACUGAAUGCACCAGUAAUGUUGCCACAGCCACCCUCUUCCUACCUGUCUUUUCAUCCAUGGCUGCAUCUGUCAAGAUCCAUCCUUUGUAUGUUAUGCUGCCUGGUACUCUCAGUGCUUCCUUUGCCUUCAUGCUACCUGUUGCAACACCACCCAAUGCAAUAGUGUUUUCCUAUGGCCACAUCCGUGUUUUGGAUAUGGUUAGAUCUGGAAUAGUGAUGAACAUCAUUGGAGUCUUCUGUGUCACACUGGCCAUCAACACCUGGGGAAGACCUAUGUUUGAACUGGACACGUUCCCAACCUGGGCAAACAGCACAACUAGCCAAUGAGCAGUGAAGACUUCAUGUGUUAAACAAGGAAAGGACCCUUAACAUUACUCCCUGUUGCCUGAAGCCAUAUGCAGAAUCCCAUCACCACGUCAUGCUAAGUGUCAGGUCUUCGCUGCCUUGUGGGAGUCACACGUCGGUUCAGGCAUGAACCAGCUCAAAUUUAUUCUGGCUGUGCUGGAGCCAGAAGUGCAGUUUAAUUACACAACCCUAAGGAUCAUGUGUCUGGAUCAUAAGUAUGACCGAGUGAUCCGAUAUACCUCCAAUCAAGGUCAAGAUUUAGAAUUUGUUGAAAUGUAAAUAAAGAGAGGGCAGGCUGUUGCAUCAAA